AUGCCUUGCCUGCAUUACAGUCUUCACAAGACCCACAUGCCCCUCAACCAAACCCACAGAAAACACAGCAGCAGCAGGAGCCACAACCAAAGCAGCCUGCUCUCCAGAGCUGUGAGGACACAGAGCCAGAGAGUCCCAUGUGGAGGUAGCGAUAUUUCUGCUGCUGCAUGCGAAUCCAUUAGUUGUUGCUUUGACGGCCAACAGUGCUACUUUGGAACAGCAGUGACUGUCCAGUGCACCAAGGAUGGCCACUUCAUUGUUGUAGUAGCCAAAGAAGCCACUUUACCCAACCUUGACCUCGAGGCAGUCUCACUGUUGGGAGAAGGUCAAGGCUGCUCGCAUGUUGACUCGAAUUCACAAUUUGCCAUCUACCAAUUUCCUGUUAGUGCCUGUGGCUCCCUUGUCAUGGAGGAGCCUGGUGUUAUCAUCUAUGAGAACAGGAUGACUUCGGCUUAUGAAGUGGAAGUUGGGCCUCGUGGAGCCAUUACCAGAGACAGCUCCUAUGAAUUGCUCUUCCAGUGUAGGUACACCGGCACAUCUGUCGAAACUCUGAUUGUAGAAGUUGAACCACUUCAGCAACCUCCUCAACCGGUUGUUAGUCUGGGACCCAUCAGGGUAGAGAUGAGGUUGGCCAAUGGGCAAUGUACCACAAAGGGUUGUAAUGAAGUGACUGCGGCCUACAGCUCUUUCUAUACGGAGGCAGACUAUCCUGUGAGCAAAGUACUGAGGGACCCCGUGUAUGUGGAGGUUCAGCUCCUUGGAAAGACAGAUCCAUUGCUUGUCCUGACUCUUGAUCGCUGCUGGGCAACUGCAGACCCCUACCCUCACAGCCUGCCCCAGUGGAACAUUCUGACAGACGGAUGUCCAUGCAGGGACGAUCGCUACUUGUCCUCACUGGUUCCAGUGGAUCAGUCCUCUGGUCUGGAGUUCCCAAGUCACCACAGACGUUUCAUUUUCAAAAUGUUUACCUUCGUGAACCCCAGUUCAGAACAACCUCUGAGGGAAAUGGUGUACAUUCACUGCAGUACAGCUGUGUGCUACAAUGCUCCCGGUGCCAGAUGUGAACCAAUGUGCCUCAGGAGAAAGAGAGAUGUGGAAGCUGUGAGCCAGGAGAAGAGCGAAUCGAAGGUUGUGGUUUCUUCUGGGCCAUUGGCCAUGGCCUCUCCAGAGCAGUAA